AGCAGCGUGCAUUUGCAAGGGUGUAUCAAAUCAGAUAUAUAAUAUGCGUAGCCUGAGACUACUAGGUACUAUCGACCAUCGCCAGUCAAUAGCCAGCAUCGUCAGGAGAUAGAACCUUGGAAGCGUAUUAAACAUGACGCCAAAGCCGUAUUUCAUCCUCUCCGAGGUUGCUACUCAAGAUAAGAUCAACUCUCUUUUAGGUCGAGCCGUACCGUUCACGUCGGCCAAACCUGGCGACGUGGAGAACCCCUUAAAGCGCCCAGCAGAAGGUCAUAUUUACCCAACCCUUCCCCCCGAAGGCCCGGAUCUCCGUGAACUUGAAAAGCACCUGUACCCGCAUGGCGUCAAAGCAAAGGAGGCAAAGAUCCUCCUCGAGAGUGUUCAGGGAACGGAAGCUGAAGUGGCCAUUACGAAGGCGCUCGCGCUAUUUCACUCUAGCUCCAAAUCAAACAAGCGAACAGCAUCGAUCCCAGGCUUUCGCCGCUUGACUAUCGACCAGGCACCUUACCGAAUCGAACAAUUGUUAAAACACGACCAAUAUUCCCGACCGAUCUUUGAUUAUUUUACUAAAUAUCCUAAUGGGAAACUUGGCAUCAUUGUUAGCAUCAUAUGUGCGAUGGACAUGAGUCUCAACGUUCAGCAAGCCCAGUCGAGAGAUAGUGGUGUGGAGGUAGAGGUUCCUAAGGAGACAGCGGUCGCACUUGGGGGCCCUCCCGUUGCGACGGAUACGGGUGCUCGGAUAUCUUCUAGUAGCACAAAAGUUUCCGAGGCUGAGGGGACUUAUGACGGCGAGGUUGUGGUAGCAUGCGGGUACUUGCAGAUGACUCGGAAGCCCCAGUCCUUGCUCAAAGCCUUCCUCCAGUCCGGUCCUAAGAUUUUCUUUCAGUCUAGGAAGAUCUCCUUAGACGACAUCGUAAUCACGAGCAAGGACGAGUUUGUCCAGCCAAGAACUAUGACAGUUGCACUUCCGCCCACUAGACUUCCCGGCGACCACGAGGCCUAUUUGGGAGCAAAUGUCGAUUUCAACGAGCAUCAUGUUGAAGCCCCUGUUAACGAGACUAAUUAUGAUAGCGACGAUGAUAUGAUAUUAUAUGCAUAAAUUUGGUACGGGUUUAGAAUUGGGUAGCGCUGGGAACGUUGAAUGAUGUUCCUUUAUUAUUACUGGAGUAGUUAUUACUAUUACUACUACUCUCAUAGAAACGACUACAUUACUCAUAUGCCCUCAAAGCAGAGGGUGUAAAAUACAUACCUAUAUUCCUUCAUCACCGUUGUAUUUACCAUAUCCAUUUCCGAUCACAAGGCCAAUGAUUGUGCCUUGGGUCACGCACAUCGGUUCCCUCGAUUUUUGC